UACUUUUAGGGCUCUCGGUUAGUAUAUAUGUAGGCCUAUAUCUAACCUCUUCGGUGCAUCACAUCUCUCUCUCUCUCUCUCUAGAAUCUGUGCAUUUUCUUUCUCUCUGCUGUAAGCCAUGGCCAAGGGUCCAGGUCUGUACACCGAUAUUGGCAAGAAAGCUCGGGAUCUUCUGUACAAGGACUACCACUGCGACCAUAAGUUCGUCCUCACGACCUACUCUCCAACUGGUGUUGCCAUUACGGCAUCGGGAACGAAGAAAGGUGAGCUAUUUAUUGCUGAUGUUAAUACCGUGUUGAAGAACAAGAAUGUCACCACUGAUAUCAAAGUGGACUCAAACUCCCAUCUUUUUACUACUAUCACGGUUGAUGAGCCGGCUCCUGGAUUGAAGACAAUCUUUAGCUGCAAAAUUCCUGAUCAAAGAUCUGGCAAGUUUGAAGUUCAAUACUUGCAUGACUAUGCGGGGAUAAGCACAAGUGUGGGGUUGACAGCUAACCCUAUUGUCAAUUUCUCGGGUGUGGUGGGAACAAAUGUGGUUGCACUUGGUACAGAUGUCGCCUUUGACUCCCAGACUGGGAACUUCACCAAGUGCAAUGCUGGAUUUAGCGUCUCCAACGCUGACCUUAUUGCUUCUUUGACCCUGAAUGACAAGGGCGAAACUCUCAAUGCUUCAUACUACCACACAGUGAGCCCCCUGACCAACACAGCUGUUGGGGGAGAGGUGUCCCACAGCUUCUCCACCAAUGAGAACACCAUCACUGUCGGCACCCAACACUCAUUGGACCCAUUGACUACUGUGAAGGCACGAGUUAACAACUUCGGCAAGGCAAGUGCCCUCAUCCAGCACGAGUGGCGACUAAAGUCACUUUUCACCUUAUCUGGGGAAGUGGACACGAAAGCUCUUGACAAGUCUGCGAAGUUUGGGUUGGCCUUGGCUCUCAAACCCUAGGUGUUCUAUUCAGCCUAGUGUGGUUAAGACCAAGAAGGUGUGCAGUGAGCACAGCAAGGUAGUAUAGUGGUCUGUUCAAACUUUCUUCUGUUAGUAUCAGUUGAUUCUCGUCUCUCUUUUUUUUUUUGUGGUUUUUGUACGGGGAAGAUAAUGCUAGAUCGUUUAUGAAAUGUGUUUCAAUGCGUGGUUCUUAUGUUUCCUCAAUUCAUCCCUUGUCAAAACAUGGAACAGAGCUCUUGAUAUUUGAAGAGAUUCAUCCCUUGUCAAAACAUGGAACAGAGCUCUUGAUUUUUGAAGAGCUUUGCGUCGUUGACUUGA